AUAUUUGAAUAUAUAUACAUAUAUGCGAAACGAAAAAGAAAACAAACUUAAUCUGCUCAUGAAUAAUUCGAACAAUUGUAAUUUCAAUAAAAGAAAAGAAAACGUGCGCGUCUUGGUCAUAAAGAUUUGUUUAAGUGCACAGACACACACAUAUGACUGCACUGUAUUUGUGAGAAGCAAUAGUAGUAAAUGAAAACGCAACUAUUUUCAUACACGUUCGUAUCUGCGUAUGCGGCGCCUAUACCCUGUGCGAUGGAUUAGAAACGCUUUCUCAAGUGUUUUUCUGACUUUUUAUGGGGAAAAAACAUAUUUUUGGUAUUUAAGUAAACAUGUAUGUUUGAGCAUAAUGUAGUCGAUAUUAAAUACUUGUAAAUUGCGUUUUCCAACUGGUUUUGUAGCAUAAGGGAUUUGCAUCGUACACAUUAACGUGUGAGCGCGAAAGAUUAGCAGCAAGAGUUGCGGGGAUGAAAAUCUACAAUAACAAGGAUUUGAUUUUUAAAUAUGCAGAAACAAGAGAAAAGACGCGAAUUGCGUCUAAAGAGAUUUUGGCGAUCACCAAAAACCACUUCAUCCGAAGAUUCUACAGGUUACGAGAGCCCCACGAGGCCAAAAACCAACAGUGAUGGUCAACGUUACAAUCAUUUACACUACACGAGUCUGGCGCAAAGCGUUGCCACGUCAGACAAUGCAAUCGUUAGGGAUAUCGGAAAGCAUGACAACAAACCUACUUGCUCUCUACCUCUACUGCAGGUGUGGCCCAGCCAGCCGCUUUUGAAACAGGACGGUUUUAUACAGCUACGUCGCAAUUCUGGCCCCGAAGGCCAAAGGGAUUCACCCAGAGGCGAAGCCGAUGGUCAAUCAUUUGUUUUCCCCGCAAUAGCUGAAACUAGUACAAGCAGCAGCAAUGGCGGUGGUGGCAGCAUUAAUAUUAGUACUGGUACGACACUUACAACAAGCACUUCGGGUAAUAGUAGUAAUAACAGUACAUCGGGCAAUCAAGUGACACUUCAUACACCAGGGGAGCGUCGUAAUUCACUUUACUGUGAUACUUUACAUGCAGGCGAUUCGGGCAUCGAUUCGGUGCAAGCUUCGCCCUCUCCAAAUGCUUUGCCUCCACCUCCAGGGUCAACUCUGAUUAGCAUAAGCAAUUCAGUUACUGAAGUUGAAGCCAUCAGUUCCUGCAAUGCCUCACCUGCCACCACACCAACCCAAGGUUCUCCAAACCUUACGCCAAAAGUGCAUCAUAGAAUGGGCCCGCGUGCCAGUAUUAGCAUAGGUGCACCCAAUUAUAGACGAAAGUCCAGUGCUCUUCUUCAUCCAGAUCACGCGCGACUGUUCGCAUUGCGUAUGAAACACGCUGCCGCAUUGGAACGUUCGCAAACCUCACCUGAUCAGACAUCAAUCGAGGACGUAACGGAAUUUCAUGAUAAUGGUUUGGCUACCAAUUUGCGUCUCUGUUCUGCCUCGUCGUCGACGACAUCGUCGCUAACCUCUGUAGCCGCAGUCAGCCUAGGGGGCGGAGUGACGGGUCAGUCCUCGGUCGUGGCGGCAGCUGCUACGGGGGCCCAGCAACGAGUCUCCGAUCCGUGGCUGCAGCCGCAAUCAGAUCGCGAACGCGAUUCACGUUACGAACGACGUCGCUCGUCGACAAUGACAGCACGUUAUUCACUGUUCGAUGCUUUGGAUUUAGAAUACGCUUUAUUAAGGGCGGCCGCACGCGGUUCGGUGGGUCCCUAUUCAUUAAGCGAAUCCAUACACAAACUAACUUUCACACAAUCGCUAGCAUUUCCGGCUUUGGCGCGCGGUCUAGCCUCGAAACGUAGACGGUCGGCCACCCGAAUGAGUUCACGCCCCUUAAAUCCAAACGAAUCCGGUCUAAAUACCUGCGCUAAAGUAGUGACCGCUGUCAUUUUGGUGGCCAUAUCAUUUAUGGUAUUUUUAAUAGUAUACAAGUUUGUGAGAACGUGAGGAUUACUCCUGGCCCCGACAGACUUUCCCGUCACAUAUCAAAAUGCCUAUUCAUGGUCAGCAGCGAAUGCCGCAACGGCCGGUGUUAAUAAUAAUAACAACAAUAAUAAUAAUAAUAACAACAAUAACAAUAAUAAUCAUAAUAAUAAUAAUAACAAUAGCAGUGCGUAUAGGCAAUUGUCGGGGUUCAGGAGAGUUUUGGGUAUAAAAGAGAAAAACUAAAUACAAUAAAAUGCAAAGAACAAUUAUUACUAAUAACUAAUAACUGUUAUCUAACAAUCUACAAAAACAAUUUUUUUUUUAAAUACAAAAAAAUAAGUAAUAAUAAUGAAUAAAAUGCAUAUAAUUAGUUCAAUUGUCAUAAAAAAUGUGAGUAAUUUUAAGAAUGAUUUAAAAAAUGUCAAAUUCUACAAAUCAUUCGAAAUCCACGAGAAUAUUUUUAAAAUAAUUUGACAAGCCUGUCCCGCUCUUCUUUUUAAUUAUUUAUUAAUUAAACAUAAUUUUUAACAUAUCGUUAAAUAAGUAAAACAAACAAGAAAACUAUGUAUCGAUAAAACUAAAAGCUAAACUUGACAAACGCAUCCAACUUGAUAUCUACCCUCUUUUUGUAAUAAAUGCUUUGAGAAAAUUUUUGUAUACUCUUCCUCUUACUUACUAUAUAUAUAUAUAUAUAUAUAUAUAUACACACACACACACACAAACAGAGAUUUCCUUAAAAAAGAGAAGAAAUCCAGCUAACAUUAUAAAGAACUGCUUAGUCCACCACGGCGAACACUUAUGAAUGCUAAUUUCAUCCAUCCCCCUUUCGACCUACAAUCUAGAGACGCAUAUCAUGAAUCUCAUAAGUUUAUAUAACUAAUCUGUUCGUAGCUUGAGAUUGAGUUGAAAUCGUGAAAAAAAAAAAAAAAAAUGAAAUAGAAAAGCGGAGCGAGACGGUAGUCUCCGUCCACAGCAGCCAAAAAACCCAAAAGUAAAUAAAUAAAUAAAUUGACCUUAAAAAUGAAGUUCCAAGUUUUAUGUAUGAGUGUAAUAUAAUUGGGGGAAAAAAAAGAACUUUUCAAAUUUUUAAACAUACACCUCAGGCGAUGAGCAUCUAAAGUUUAUGCUUCGAAACGAAAGUGUUUCGUUUAGUUUCUUUGCUCGUGCUCCUCGAACUCUUGCUAUCUUCCUUUCUCUCUCUCUCUCUCUCUCUCUCUCUC